CACACUGUCUAUAUAUUGAGAUAGAACUGUCAUUAUAAAUGCCAAACACAAACACAUAAGCACAGAGUCAGCAUCACUCCCUCAACCCAACCCUUCUUCAAUGGGAGAUCCUCAAUUCGACCUGAUCAUCAUCGGCGCCGGCGUGAUGGGUAGCUCCACCGCCUACCAAGCAGCCAAACGUGGCCUCAAAACACUUUUGCUCGAACAGUUCGAUUUCCUUCACCAGCGUGGCUCCUCUCACGGUGAAUCCCGCACGAUUCGAUCCACCUAUCCCCAAAGCCAUUACUAUCCUCUGGUGGUCGAAUCAUACAAACUAUGGGAAGAGAUCCAGGCUGAAGUUGGCUACAAUGUUUACUUCAAAGCUCAACACCUUGACAUUGGCCAUCUCGACGAUCCAUCCUUCCGCGCUGUCAUCGAAAACUGCCGGAAACAUGGUGUCAACCACCAGCUCUUGAACGCCGAGCAAGUCACUGCGAAGUACUCCGGGAAAUUCAACUUACAGGAAGGUUGGUUGGGUCUGUCCACAGAACAUGGCGGAAUGUUAAAGGCCACAAAAGCUACUGCCAUGUUUCAGACACUGGCACACAAACAUGGAGCUGUUCUCAAAGACAACUCAAAGGUUGUAGAUAUAAAAAACAACGGCGGAGAGGUCGUGGUUUUCACCGAGAAUGGUGAAAAAGUCCGCGGUAAGAAAGUUGUGGUAACGGUGGGAUCAUGGGCGAAUAAGCUGAUUAAGAAAAUCAGAGGUAUUGAUCUUCCGAUACAGGCUAUUGAGACUCAUCUUUGUUACUGGAGAAUAAAAGAAGGACAUGAAGAUAAAUUCGCAAUUGGUGGCGAUUUUCCGACUUUUGCUAGCUAUGGGAAGAUUUACUACUAUGGAACACCAACUUUGGAGUUUCCGGGUUUGCUUAAACUUGGUGUCCACGGCGGUCUAAAGUGCGACCCUGAUCGGAGGCCAUGGGGACAAGGCGAGAUGAUGAAUGAUUUGAAGAAGUGGAUUGAUAGGACAUUCUCUGGGGUGAUCGAUACGACAAAGCCUGUUGUGAAACAGGCCUGUCUGUAUUCAAUGACCCCAGAUGAAAAUUUUGUGAUUGAUUUUUUGGAUGGUGAGUUUAAGAAUAACGUUGUUUUGGGUGUUGGGUUUUCCGGUCAUGGAUUUAAGAUGGCUCCGCUUGUUGGUAAGAUAUUAACUGAGCUGGCAACCGAUGGGAAAACUGAUAAGGCUGACUUGAAUCAUUACAGAAUUGGAAGAUUCCAAAGGAUAUCUAAGAUUUAGGUGUCUUCUUUGUUGUUGUGUCAUGAUCUGUGCUGGAAUCGUAUGAUGAAGGCGAAAUUUGCGACUACGGUAAAGUAAUUUGAUCUAAGGGACGAGAGUGUUUAAACUUGAAUCCAAUGGAUGAAUUCGGUUGCAUAAUUGUUCAUUUCUCUCUUUGUUAUCUAGUGUUUGUAACACGGUAAUGUUAUUCAAAUGCAACUUUUGCUAUAUUCCAAUCAACUUUUUUGUUUGUUGUUA